AUGGAUAAACCCUUGGGAGACUUUGACCUAUACACAAAUAGCACAAUAUACCAGACGGGGCACACCUUGGACCCACAAAACCCUUCAAGAAGAAGGAAUACCGUUAAAAAUCGCUUUUUCAAGAACAGCGCAACUUUUCUCUACUACUAUGCAGCUCCUAUUGUUGUGGUGCUUUCAAGCAUUUCAAUUUUUCUAAGCAAUAGAUUUAUAACUGUUCUAGUAAGUAGAAGAGCAUUCAAUUACAUCUCUCAACGACUAGAGGUAGAGGGAAUCUAUGGAAUUUUCCCUGAAGAUACAGAGUCAGGCAUUGUCAGCUUAGAUUACAAAGUAGGAGUCUACAAGAACAUAGGAAUGAUUUCAGCUGUUCUCCUAGUGCUGCUUGUUUCUUAUCUUAUCAAAAACAGAAAAAAACUAAUGGAAUUGUACUUCAUUGUUCUCAGCAUACUUCCUUUUUCUAUGGGGAUAUUUGCGAUGGCUUGUCUAGCCGGAGAUUUCGCAACGCGUUUCUAUCCUCCCUAUCCAGCCAAUUAUCAUCUUAAGAUAAUAUACUUUAUAGUAGGUUUGUUCAUGGGGCUAUACAGCUUUUUGCUUCUUGUAUUCUUUAACGAAAGAUACAAAAAAACAACAAAAAAGCUGUGGUAUGUGAUGAACAUGAAUGUCUGCAUUUUCUUGUUUGGAGCACUAUGUGACCUGUUUUUAAAUUCUAUUUAUAGAAACAGAUCAAGGACUUUGCUAUAUGUAGGAGGUAGUAUUAUUGUAGCGCUCAGCUUCUUUAUGGACUAUAAUAUAUCCAUCCAUGUAGUGAACAAUUGUUUGAUCAAAUAUUUGGUGAGCAAUAAGCAUCCAGAAGAAGAGGAAGAUAUCCUACUAGAACCACUGCAAACAGGGAGAGAGAGAAUGGCUGCAGAAGAAUCUUCUACAGCAGCAUCAAAUUCACCUUAUAUUCGAUGGGAGAAUAAAAUGAUGCUUAAUAUGGAAAGUCUUACAAGAGUAAAAGGUGCUGUAGAAACACAAGAGAUGGUUAAAAAUGUUACUUUCCCAAAGGAAUUACACAUCGAGCACUUGGCCAUAAUCAUAUGGUGCUUUGCAUGCUCUUUCCUAAAACAGACGGUAUUUAUGGCGGACACAAUAGUUUCCCCAGAAAACAAGAUUGAUGCUAAUAGCUAUCUAUACCUUAUCUGUCCGAUAAUCGCUGUAGCACUUUACUAUUUGCUUGCUUCUAUUACUAAGGCUGUAAGCAAGAUAUUAGCUGUGGCAUAUGUUAUGCAUGCAGUUGGAAUUGUUCUCCUAUUCAUUACCAGUUUUAUCGGAUGGAUGCCCCUCCAGUAUCUCUCAAUGGGAAUAUACUUUACGAGUUUUAAUUUUGCUAUUGCGCUAGUCUCAGGAGUGCUGCCCAUAGCCUUGGGAUCGAGAACAUCUAACACAUUUACAUUUGCUGUGUAUAUCUUUUUAACACAGAUAUUUGAUGGCUCUUACCAGCUGACUUCUGUUCUGCCCCAGCUAGAAUCGAAAUACACAAAAUAUUUGUCUUUCACUGUGGUGAGCAUUCUUUCCUUACUUUUGAUCCCAAUAUACAUGAGAAUCAGAAAAGCAGAGACUGCCAGAAAAGAAGAAGAUGAUGAUGACGAAAAUGCCAUUGCCCUCGACACAUACAUUCCAGCAGUAAAAGUUGACACAGCACCAAUGCCACCAGCGCAUCAAAGAGGUGUAUUGGUUUCUGAGACCUAUACCACUAAAGCUUAUCCUUACACGAUUGAUAGUGGGAGCGAUGAUGAAAAUUAA